UAGCAACAAGAGCAGUGAGUGUGGAACUGGAGAUGGAAGAAUAAAACAAUUGGAAGAAGAGAGUGCUUUUGUGAUAGCUAUACAUAUCAAAAUGAGAUUUUUAAUGGGAUAACGAUUAGGCAUAUAGUCCCUGGCAUGUGCCCUGAAUCACCGUUUAAGAUUGAAUUCAUCUCCUCCACCUCUACGGGCUUUCUGGACACCCUUUGGACUUAAACAUACAGUUCUUCAUUUUGUAUGGACUAAAAGGGCAUCUAAUGUAUUGCCCUCCUGCAUACAGUCAAUAUCUGGCGCGCUUGUUUCUGUCUUUAUCGCCAUGGCUGCGCAUGACCCCGCACGGGCCACGGGCUUCCCGUGCAAACAGUGCGGGCUGACGUGUCCUAACAUGGCCGUGCUCGUCGAACACAUGGACGCACACCUGGAGCAAGAGGAGCGCAGAUUCAAAUGCGACGAAUGCGGACGCGGGUACAGACACGCCGGCAGCCUCGCCAACCACAAAAAGGCCCACGACGUCGGCUCCUUCGAGUGCUUCGUGUGCGGCAAAGAGAACUCCAACGCUUUGGCCCUGAAAAGUCACAUGCGGAGUCACACGGCUCACAAAAAGUAUUCGUGUUCGCAGUGUGGGAAAGCCUUCCGUCUGGCAACGCAACUGAGCACGCAUGAACGUGUUCACCGGACCUCGCAAGUUGAAAACCAGGAAGACCUGGAGUUUGAAAACCCGCGCGAGAUCGUCACUCAUCAUCGUAACAACCAGUCGAUUGUCGGGAUUCAAACGGAAAACGGCCCCGUUGACGACAAGAUGGCGGCUUAUCCUCGGCAGUGCGACGCGUCUGACGAGGCCGCCGGCCGACCGUUCAAAUGCGACCUGUGCGACAAGACGUACAUUCACCUCCGAAGUUUGAGCAACCACAAGAAAACCCACCAGGUGGGAAUGUUUGAGUGCACCGUGUGUUUCAAACUCUUCAACAACAUGGCGGCGCUCUACAGCCACCAGAGGACUCACAAGGUCAGAAGCGGCGGGGGAGGCGGAAGCUCGGCGUCCGGCUUCUAUUCCAACCCCGCGCAGGAGGACUUUUCCCCUCCGAGUCCCGACGCUCCUGUCGACUUCUGCCAUUUGUGUCAGGUUGUGUUCCCGAGUAAUGAGGAGUUCCAGGAGCACAUCCAAAUGCAUAACUCUUCAUCUGCAUCUUUUGGGCUCCAAGACGACGGCGCACACAGUAUGACUUAUGACAACAUUACCUCGCGUAAAUCCAACUUUUAUACAGCUCAUAUAAAUAGCAAUCCUUCUUUGCCAUCAGUUGAAAAUGCUCAAGGUUUUAAUCAGCUUCACGGAAUGUUUAGCAGCAGUUGUCACGUGUAUUCCGACAGCUCCAAUAAUCAAACGCUAGCUUCCAACUGCUCUCAGGGAGAACCCCCACUCGUAGACGCAAGCAUUGUCCACCCCGCUCUGAACGCAUCCGAAAUCCGCGACCCCUCCAUGGCAGAUUCCGACGAGCGUCCCUUCCGGUGUCAGAUUUGCGGCAAGAGCUACCGCCACUCCGGGAGCCUCAUCAACCACAAACGCUCGCAUCAGGUGGGGAUUUACCAGUGCUCCAUCUGCAGAAAGAAGUAUCCCCACUUGGCUGCGCUCAAGAGUCACCUGCGCCUCCACAAAGGUCACAAAUCGUCCCUCUGCCCCAACGGGGAGGGAGAUUGGCUCUCCCCCGUGACUUUCUCUCUGAUCAACCAGCGGGACCUCUUAUCCUCACGAGAAGAACAGGAUGGCGGUACUCAGCUUGCGCUCGGCACGAAUCAGGAAAACGGCGGCGUGCACCACGGCCAUCAGGAUGCGGCUCCAGACGUCAGCUCGCGGCUCCCUCACGUCGAGCACUCGAUGCAGAGGCACAUGUGCGUCGACUGCGGUGACACUUUUGCGGACAUCGCCGGCAUCGUAGCGCACGCUUGCCCCCUGCUACAACAGCAGCAACUCACGAGCGAGGGCCGUGACGCCAACGGGAACUUCGCUAGCACUGUCUCGCAGUUUCACGGACUGAAUGAUGCGACUCCUCAGAAUUACUUUGAGCAGAGCUCGCAGGAAAAUAUGAGUAACGACCAGCUGAACGGCAACGGCGAAGUAGACGACGGCGACCUUUAUCAGUGUUCCAUUUGUGGAAACAACUACAGCAGCAUGCGGGCUCUCCGGAGCCAUCUCCGAGGACACACGCAGUCCCAGUGCGCCGCCGCCAGCUCGGGACCCUCGUCCUUGUCCUCUCAGGGCGGGGUCAAAGACGACGAGCCGGCGGAGAUGAUGAUUUGCAGUACCUGUGGCCAAAGUUUUGCCAGCAGGCAGGACUUGGCCGCCCACCAGCUCGCGCACGUCAAGCACCAAGACGGGGAUGCCGUCGGCCGGAGCGAGCGGCCGGCAGGCGACGAGGAAGCCCAGAGUACCAUCUGCGGUCGCUGUGGAAUUUUUUGCAGCAGCUAUCAACACCUGGAGAGCCAUGACUGCACAGCGGGGAAGAAAGAAGAAGAUGCGGCAAACGGCGAGGAAGCAGAAGUAAAAGCAAAGUACUUGCGGCAUGAAGAUCGCCGCGCCCUGCGAGACAACUUCGAGGACCGUCAACACAGAUGUGAUCAGUGCGGCCGCUCGUACAGACACUCGGGCUCCCUCCUCAACCACAAGAAGUCCCACAAAACAGGGGUGUUCAAGUGCAGCGUGUGCCAGAAACGCUUUUACAACCUUUUGGCUCUUAAAAACCACCAGAGGUCCCACUUUGACAUCAAGAGGCAUACUUGCCACGAGUGCGGCAAAGCCUUCAAAAUCCAGAAGCAGCUUUUGAUCCACCUCAGGAGGCACAGGGAGAACCGAGCCAAGAUCCAAGAACUCAACGACCAGAUCCAGGCCCUCAUGCAGAUGAACAAGUCUGAAUCCGAAGACGCCAGAGAAGCGCGGGCGGAAACGACGCGUGAGGCUGCGGUCAAAUCAGAAGCCGCAGGUGACAGGCGACCUUUCGCGUGUGAGCAGUGUGGGCGCACCUAUCGCCACGCCGGCAGUCUGGUUAACCACAAAAAGUCUCACAAAACGGGCCUCUAUUACUGUUCCGUCUGCAACAAAGCGUACUCCAACCAGCUUGCCAUGAAGAACCACUUACGCACUCACUUCGGUAGUCGAAAGCAUUCUUGCCAAAAGUGCGGAACGGGCUUCCGAGGAACGCGGCAGCUGUCUGGUCACAUCUGCGCGGAGUCCCGGAAGGACGGGGGGCGGAGCCUGAGGUCUCGCGCUUCAAAGUGCAAACAGACGCUCCCUUCCGCCGAGCAACUGGCGGCCCACGCCUGCUCCGGCUCCUCGGGACCCGCGGCCGGCGGAAAAGAGCCGCGGAUGUUCCCCUGCAACAUUUGCCACCGGAGCUACCGCCACGCCGGCAGCCUGCUGAACCACAAGAACACGCACAAGACGGGACACUUCACCUGCACGUUCUGCGCCAAGCACUUCACCAACCCAAUGGCGCUGCGCAACCACACGCGCAUCCACACGCAGAAGAAGAAGCACGCCUGCCUGACGUGCGGGAAGGCCUUCCGCCUCGCCAGCAUCCUGCACAACCACCAGAAGGUCCACAGCCGCCCCGACGGGCAGUUCAGCUGUUCGGCGUGCGGGAAGAGCUUCCAGGGGAAGUCCGGACUCAAGAGGCACCGCUGCCGGAGAGGUCAGGGGGAAGUCGGGAUGCCGCCGGGGGAGAGCCAGGACAAGUGCUUCACGUGCGACCUUUGCGGGCGCUCGUACCGCCACGCGGGCUCCCUCCUCAACCACAAGAAGACGCACUCGGGAAACCUGCACCACUGCAGUCUUUGUCUGCAGACCUUCCCGGACCCCCUCACGCUUCAGAUCCACUCGCAGAUGAGGCGGCACUGCUGCCCCGAAUGCGGUAAGACCUUCUGUCUGGUCGCGCACCUUCAGAGCCACAUGGAGGCGCACUCCAAGGAGCGCUCCAAGGACCCCUACGCCCUCCACGCCAACGACCUCAGCUGGACCGAACCUUUGUCCCAUCUUCAUGAGAGCGCCAGCGACCCGGCGGAGAAGAGCCACGUGUGCGAGCACUGCGGCCGCACCUACCGCCACGCCGGCUCCCUCCUCAACCACAAGAACAGCCACAAGACGGGCUCCUUCUCUUGCGCCGCCUGCCACAAGCAGUUCUCCAACCUGAUGGCCCUGAAGAACCACCGGCGGAUCCACACGGAGCCCAAGCGCUACCAGUGCCUGGAGUGCGGGAAGGCCUUCCGGGUGUCCACGCAGCUCAUCUGUCACCGGAGAAUCCACAGCAAAGAGAAACCCUUCGCCUGCUUGCUGUGCGACAGAAGCUUUUCCAGCAAGUCCAACCUAAGGCACCACGAGAAGUUGCACCAGAACCAGCACGCUUACGACAACUCCUCCUCUUUCGCUUUGGAUGCCAACAACUUUGUGGGCUUGGACGUGGGCUCUUUCCUUUAGAGUUCCCGAACUCCAGUGACCAGAACUCGUGAAUGUUGUCCGCCAGUCAACGACGCGUAUCCUCGCCUUCCCGAAGGCCAAACAACCAAAGUGAUCCGUAAAACGUGGCCCACUUCCCCUGUCCGGUGCCUGUCAGGAAACCUCAAAUACGUAUGUACACGACUCCCAAAAACUCGGGAUUCAAUUGACUCUUGUUUGAAAUUUUAGCAUGGACCAGAAAAAUGCAAGCUAACCUUCUGCGGUGACCUUAAGUUGACCUUCUCAAAACUUUUGAAUGUGCAACUGACUGCACAACAGGAUGUUGCCGAGCUAACAAUGGACCUUUCCGACCUGUCAAUAACUCGUACAAUGAUAGCCAAUCGGAUAGCCGCAUUGUCUUGACGCGCCCCUCUCGCCGUGUUGUCCCACAAGCAAAGCUGGUUGUCAGUAGCGUGCGCUUGGAAAAGUUAAAAGUUACGAAGAAAGUGGGCCUCAGAUGCGCUUCGGGAACGUGCAAUUCUGAUGAAAGAUAUCCUGCUAGGUUACAAGUGGCCCGCUCAAUUCAUUUUCUCAAGCCUAAAACACAGUUGACGAAGUGUCCACAAUGGAUUAAGGCUCGCGCAAAAGCGCACGUUCAACUCGGUGUGAAAAAUAUCAACAAACACAAGGCUGGAUGUUCGAAGGUAAGUGAGGGAGAAGUAUCUUCUCUGAGUUUGGAUUAUUAUCAGUGCUUUAUACAUUGCAAGAGAACAACAUUCACUUUUUUAGUGUAUAACUGACCUGCUGAAUGAAGUGUGUCAUGUUGUAUGAUAUUAUUUGUGAUCUUGAAGAAGUAAAAAGUAGUCACCCUGCUUUACAUGCGCAGUACGAUUCCACCAUUUUAUCCUGUUGGAUUUCAAUAUGAAGUUUGCGAGGCGCCAAACUUUUUUUGCAUCGAUCGCCAACGUUUCACUGCAAUUUACUCUGACAUUGCGUCCCGCUCAGUCCAAAAUCUUAAUUCCGUGUACGUAUCCUUGCGUGAAAUAGUUGAGACCUCUCUCUAGAACUGUCUUGGACACGUCUGACGCAUUUGGUAAAAAAAAGCAUACCCCAAUAAUAUCUGGAAUACGCGAUAGAGAAACAUGUUCUGUUCAGUCGCCAUUUUGGAAGCUUGUGGGACAUGGCUGAGGGGGCGGAGUUUAAGAUUGCCAUCGGAAAGGUCCAUUAGCUGAACGGUGUUUGAUCUUCUGAGGUUCCUUUCUGUAACGCUUCCAGUCUCUCUGUUGCUCGUUUAGUAGCUAACUGCACUUUUCAUUGACUUGUGCACUUCACAGACAGAGACUCCUCACGCUUUGCUUUUGCAACAUGGAUCUUGUCUAGUAGCCAAAAAUGUAUUUUUUGUUGUGAAAGAUCAUUUAAUUUUUGUUUUUGUUUUGUUUUUGUUAGAGAACAAGAAACUGAUACUUUGUGCAGUUCAAAAGUUUAGAGACGGUCAAAAUGAGUUCACCCGGAAAUGGUUCUCGAGCAUUUUCGGUUCAUCCUGAAAUUUCACCCGUGAGCAGUUGCGAGUUUUUUGGCGGAGUCGGGGCGGUCGGACGUUUCGCCGGACUGCCCGCGUCGCAAACCUCUCGUGAAUAAAACGUCAGAUACCUCAUCCAGUAGGCGCGAAGCUCGCGGAAAGCGACGGACCGCAAUCCAGUAAAUAGCUCGUCAACUACUAAUAAAAUAAUGGUCAUUGUUAAGUGAUAUCGUAUGCUAAUAGCUAAAUAUGUUCUUGUACGUUUGAAUAGGGGAACUUUUUGUGAAUGUUGUUUGGAAAAAGAAGAAAAGUUUAGUGUAGCCUUUCAGGAACUUUGUCAGGAAGUCGAGACAAACAAAAAUGUUUACUGCCACAAGUUUGCAAUGGCUACGUUUUUUUUUUUUUUUUUUUUAACGUUAUUUAAGAAGUUGCUGACACUGUCAGGUCAAAUGUCAAUACCUCAAAGUAGCUCCCGUCAAUCACGGGUUACCAGGAGAUAUCAAAUGUGAACACACCCCUGAUCUCGGAUCUUUUGGAGCGACUCUGCAGACUCGACCCGCUUCCUCGCAGAACGGUUCUAAAUGCGUCAUCGCGAGAAGCCGGGCCAGGCUGUUCCAGAAGCCGCCGUCCUCCCGGGGGUGUGUUCACUUUUUAUGUCGGGGGUGGGCAAAGUACGCGUUCCAUUCGUCAAUGCAGUCCACCGGCUGUCCUUUUAAUGUUAAAUUGGUGAAUAUCUAUUGGCCCAUUUUGUCUUUUUCCUUUUUAUUCAGUUAUCCGAUAAUAGAAAAAGCAACAUAUCCAUUUCACGUUUUUAUUCAAUUGCCAAUUGUCGUUCUAAAAAGGCAAAGGUUGCCCGCCCCCGACUCUCCACCCACUGUAGUAUCAUGAUUCUAACUAACUUUUCCUAAUUGUAAUUGAAACGCAUGCAGCCCUCGUAAUUCAUACUUUACCGACUACUGUGUAAAAAUACCACGCAUUCAUCUUAUUUUUAUUGUAUUUUUGUUGUCUUAUGGCUUGUCCUCACAUUUCUUCUUCAGUUUUACUUUGCCUUAUUUCCGUCUGGUCCCCGCCGGUUCCGCACGUUUGAAAUACCUCGUCCAAAUCUCUCCGACGGCCCUCUCGGCGCCACGGAUGUGAUCACGUUUUUAUUUUUUGGGUUGGGGGGGUUCAAACAAUAUCUGCCCCCCCCCCCCCCCAAAAAAAGCAACUUUUUUUUUCCUUAAAAUUAUGACUUUACACUUGUAAUACUGCAGCUUUUUUCUUUUAAUAUUCAUCCUUUUCCCUCCUACAUUGACGGCUUAAUUUAUUUUCCUAUCCUGACCCACCCCCUCCCCACCCGCCCCUCAAAUGACGUAAAAUGAUGACUUAAAUGUUUUUCCCCACAAGAAUGAGUCUUCUAAUAUAUAAAAUAUUCUUGUAAUGUUUUUUUUUUCCUCUUUAAAAUUAGGACAAUUUUAUCCCGCAAAAAUUCAAGUCAUAUUUUUCCUUUUUGACCCCCGUAAAACUGACUUUAUUCUUUUAAGUGGUGCCACUUUUUCAUAUUUGCCUCUUUUUUUGUAUCAAAACUUUUGUUUCUCGUAGUCUGACUUUCAAAAUGAUUCCGUUUCUUCUUCUUCUUUUGUAGCAAACAUUGCAGAAUUUUUUUUUUUUUUUUUUUGUGGUAUUAUUUAAAUGUUAAUCUUGUUUACGGAAGCAUAACGUCGUUUAUUUGCCAUGUUAGGCUCCAUGCAAAGCAGCAAAUGCACAUUCAAACUAAUAUUUAGUUGUCGUUUUGAACGUUUCUAUGAACGUUUCCGUCUCUCGUUGCACUUGUGCCCCCCCCCCCCAAUAUUGUAACUAAUCAAACAUCCACUGGAUCUUUGUACAGUAUUUUUUUUUUUUUUCUUCUGUAGGAGAAACUCUUACGCGCUAGAGUAGUUGUUGUGUAAUACGAUGGGAACUAAACACCUCAUGUAGUAUUUAAGUCAUAUUUAUAUAACUAUUUUGUCACGGGAGUGUAGAUUUCUACUCGUUUGUUGGCGGUUAAUUUAGGAUAUAAGCAAAGUAGUGAUUAAAAAAAAAAAAACAAUUUGGAAAUGGACGAGUCUCUCCGUCUGGUUUCUGUUCGGUUCAAAAAGGGGCUUUGGGUUCCAUCCAAAGCAGGCUUGCAAAACAGGCAUUAGGGUUCCGGAUGCAGACUUUGUGUCGGUUUGACAUCUCCAAAGUUUCUGGGUCAAGAUUUUUUUUCAUUUUUUAUUUUUCCAUGCGCUACGUUAGCUCGCUGUCAUCUGCAAAUUAUUUGGCAGCUUCCUGGAAAACUGAACACAGAAUCAGAAUGUACAGUACACAUCCAUCCAUUCAUCCAUCUUCUUAGCCGCUUAUCCUCACAAGGGUCGCAGGGACUGCUGGAACGUAUCCCAGCUGUCAACGGGCAGGAGGCGGUGUACACCCUGAACUGGUCGACAGCCAAUCGCAGGGAACAUUGAGACAAACAACCGCACUCACAAUCACACCAAGGAGCAAUUUUUAGGGUGUCCAAAUAAUGUUGCAUGUUUUGGGAUG